UUCGCUACAUCCGUAUCUGUUUACUUGCAAUUUUUCUGUUGGUGAGCAAGUGCUGGAACUCCAGGGACAGGUUGAGACUGAAAACACCUGCUGAUAGUUCUGGUUAUUCGUAAUACCUACCAGGGUGGGGGGGAAAACCUCUCAGGAUGGUCGACGUCUUUGCUUAUCAGAGUUCACAGGUAGACUGGUGUGAAGACAAUUUUCAGUUUUCAGAGAAUGUUGCCGAGUUUUACAACAUGGUCAGCAAUGUGAGUUUCUUUAUAUCUGCGCCUAUAAUGAUGUAUCUGUUCCAUCCUUAUGCACAAAAGAGGAACAAAGCUGUGUAUCUCCUCUGGGUCAUGCUAAUGUUAGUCGGCUCUUUCUCCGCUUACUACCACAUGACCCUGAGCUACUUUGGUCAGCUACUCGAUGAAUUAUCCAUCUUGUGGGUCUUGGCCUUUGCCUACAUGUUAUGGUUUCCCAACAGACAUUUGCCCAAGCCCAUUAAAAACAGGAAGGUGUUUUCAUUGGUGGUCUGUCUUGUUGCGCUGAUCAGCACAGUCCUGUCGUUUCUUAACCCCGCGGUGAAUGCGUACGCCCUGAACAGCAUCGCCUUGCACAUUAUUUAUCAGAUCACACUCGAACUGAAAAGGUGUACAGAUCAAAGAAUAAUUCACCUUGCCUUUGCCACUGUGGCCUGGUGGCUCAUAGCGAUCUCCUGCUGGCUAAGCGAUCGUUUACUCUGUGCUUUCUGGAGACAGAUCAACUUUUACUACCUCCAUAGCUUCUGGCACGUGCUAAUUAACAUGGCGGCUAUCCAUGGGAUAACGCUCUUUGCGUAUUUCGACGCGGUGUAUGAAAUACCUGAGACCAGCCCAGAGGUGAAGUAUUGGCCAGAGCGGUGGGGAUAUCUUGGACUGCCAUAUCUUGCCAUUAAAUCCAAGGACUCUCUGAAAAAGACCUGUUGACGGGAAUAUGCGUAUUGUCCAACUAUAAAAAACACUUUAUUAAUCUAUGCCUACAGUUAUUAUCCGUCAAGAGAAUUUGAAUUAUGGCCAACGGGCACAAAAUGCUGGAGUAACUCAGCGGGGCAGGCAGCAUCUCUGGAGAGAAGGAAUGGGUGACGUUCGGGUCGUGACCCUUCUUCAGUCUGGGACUCGAUCUGAAGAAGUGUCUCGACCCGAAACGUCACCGAUCCCUUUAUCACACAUAGUCUGAGAUCUGGUAACAGCAGAUGACACAGGAGUCACGGCAGCAAUUAACAGCUGCUGAACUCCAUCAUCUAUGGGGUUAGGAGGAAGAAAUAGAUCAGCAAUGAUUGAAUGGCAGAGUAGACGAUGGGCCGAAUGGCCUUAUGAUCUAUCCAGUUCACUUGGGGAACAGAAAUGUCACACAUUAUGUUACUCCAGUAUUUUGUGUCUCGUACCUGCAGUUCUGCAGUUUUAAUCUUUUUAAAGUUUUAAUCUUUUGAAUGCAGUUUAAAAUCUGCAGUUUUAACCAGUUUCUGCAGUUCCUUUUCUACACUUUUAAUUGUGGUUGUUGGAAAGACUCUAAUCUGAAAAUGAUUUAUUUCUCUUUUACUUACAUUGUUUAUUAUUAAGGGGAUUUAGAUGUU